AUGGCAUUUAAGGCACCCUGGAAGACCAAUCGAAGGAAGCUGGACAUCACACCCCUGCUGGUGACGAACCAGUGUCCCGAGCCCAUCUGGCCUGGUAUUGGAACGCAGUCCGGCACAGGUCCAGGCGAGACUGGCUUCAAGCUUGAACCUGGGGAGACGAGGAAUCAGACUGUAUCAGAGGACUGGCAGGGUCGAGUCUGGGGGAGAACAAACUGCACCUUCAAUGACGAUGGCACUGCUGCUGCAUCGGGUCGUGGAAAGGCUUGCACAUCCGGCGACUGUAAUGGCGCCUUGAACUGUCAAGUCGGAGGAGAUGUACCCGUUUCGCUCGCCGAAUUCACGUUGGACGCCGGAGACGGAAACACAUACUACGACAUCUCGCUCGUCGAUGGCUACAAUGUCCCCAUGGCAAUUGUCCUCCAGCCACUGGACAACGUGACGCUCGACGACAUACCUCCGAACCUCACCAAUCCGUCAUGUCAAGGCACAGACGGACUCCUGGCUACCCAGGGCUACAACCCGUACCCAGAAUUUCCCAACUUCCUCCGCACGAAUACCUCGUAUCCACUCUCCUUCGACCAGGACGUAGACGAGAAUAAGAUCUCCAAAUGGUGUCCAUGGGAUCUACAGCAGAGUCCUCCAGAGAAGCCUGGCGACGGCGUAUAUCCGUACCCUGACGACAACAUUCAACGGCCACAAUUUAACCCCUGCUUCUCCGCAUGCGCGAAGAACAACCAGCCCAAGGACUGCUGCACAGGCGAAUACAACUCACCCAACAAAUGCGAACCGAGCGAGUACUCCAAGAACGUAAAGGCAGUCUGUCCAGAUGCUUACAGCUAUGAUCAUUUGAGUUAG